AUGAAGGAAUACCUCAAAGGCAGAGAAGGCACUGUGAAUUGUGCACCAGACCGCGACCGUGGCUAUAUUGAAUGCGGAAAAUUCCUCAUCUCUGUGCCCAGCUCGCUGAUUAUUGCUUUGCGCUCAAGGCGAGAAAUUAAGAUCCAGCGAGCCGACUUGCAAUAUCAAUUGAGGGCCUGA